UACAAUGGAAGUGAAUGGGGGGAAAUUUUAAACAUCAAAAUACUCAUUUUUCUAAUGUUUAGCCACAUAACCAUAUGCAUGUAAACAUAACUUUAGUGUGAUAAAAUCACUUACUAACCUUUUCUGUGUUAAGUUACAGCUAAUUUUAUAACUUCAUUGCCAUGGCAAUGUAAUGUCAACAAACCCUAAAACCCUGAAGUGACUGUAAAAAUGACAAUUUAAACAACUUUACAGCUAAAAUAAUACACGGGUUUUAACAGAAGAGUUAAUGUAAGUGCUUUUAUAAAAUUAUAAGCUUCACAUUUCUGCCUCUGAACCCCCCAAAAAUUGCUCAAAUUCACUUUGAUCGUAAGUGCCUCACUGUAACCCAGAUUUUUGCUUUUUUUUUUUUUUUUUUAAAGGAAGGGUGGGACGAGUCUACAUGAACUUUUGUGGUAAUCAAUAUUGUGCCACAAAUGCUGUAGAUUGAGCUUAACUUGUAUUGAACCUGGAACAUUCCUUUAAUUAAAAAAUGAAAGUAGACUUUGCUUAAUGCUUUCAAAAAAUUUGAUUAAAAUUAUACUUCUGAGUGAAAGUAAUGAAAUUGGCAGGGCUUUUAAAAAUCUGAACUACUGGCCCGACAAAUCCUUGGGUUAGCUUGGUCUCCUACCAUAUAGGAAUAAAGGAAUCAUAGGCUGAAAAUGAUGCAACUCUUUCCCCGCACCUCUCAUUUUAUCUUCAUCGCUCGGUCACACAGGAGCUGGAACUUCACAAGGAUUAGCCCCAAGUUGUUUAUUUGGUAUUGAUAGGAGAAUUUCAAAGUUUUUCAUAGUCUGCUCUGUUCCUUUGGCUGCAAUUAAUAUUUCUCUUUCAAAUCCUGUCUUUUGAAAAAGUCCUUAUUUUUUUAUUUAGAUUGUAAUCCCAUUUGAUUAUGUGAGCCUCUAUUCCUAGAAAACCCAGCAGAAACCAGACAUGCCGGGCGUUGGCAUCAUGAAGUGUGCAUCCAUAAUGCUAUUUUGACCCCAGCCUUGGCAUGGUGACUGGUAUUGCCCCAAUGAACCCCAUGAUGCCCGGCCUUGGGCUUGUGCCCCCACCAGUUUCACAAGACAUGCCCAUCGUGAAGGAAAUCGUCCACUGCAAGAGUUGCACUCUCUUUCCACCCAACCCCAACCUUCCUCCUCCUGCCACCAGAGAGAGACCCCCUGGCUGUAAGACAGUGUUUGUGGGCGGUUUGCCAGAGAACGCCACAGAGCAGCUCAUUGUGGAGGUGUUUGAACAGUGUGGAAGCAUCAUCGCCAUUCGCAAGAGCAAGAAGAACUUUUGUCACAUCCGGUUUGCUGAGGAGCACACAGUGGACAAGGCCCUCUUCCUGUCAGGUUAUAGAGUAAGGCUGGGAUCAAGCACAGAUAAGAAGGACACAGGCCGGCUGCAUGUAGAUUUUGCUCAGGCCAGAGAUGACCUGUACGAGUGGGAGUGCAGACAGCGCAUGCUAGCCAGGGAAGAGAGGCACCGGCGCAGGAUAGAAGAAGACCGCAUGCGGCCCCCUUCGCCACCCCCCAUCGUCCAUUACUCCGAGCAUGAAUGCAGCCAGCUAGGAGAGAAACUCAAAGAUGACUCCAAAUUUCCCGAGGCGGUGCGUGUCCUGCUGACCUGGGUUGAACGAGGGGAGGUAAACCGUCGGAACGCCAACAACUUCUAUUCCAUGGUCCAGUCCUCCAAUAGCCACAUUCGCAGGCUGAUGAACGAGAAAGCCGCCCAUGAGAAGGAGAUGGAGGAAGCCAAGGAGAAGUUCAAGAAUGCCCUUGCUGGGAUUUUAGUGCAGUUUGAGCAGAUUGUGUCUGUAUUCCACGCUGCCUCCAAACAAAAGGCAUGGGACCAUUUCUCCAAAGCCCAACGCAAGAACCUGGACAUGUGGCGAAAGCAAGCAGAGGAGAUCAGAAACAUCCACAACGAAGAGCUGAUGGGAAUUCGAAGAGAGGAGGAAAUGGAGAUGUCAGAUGAUGACAUGGAAGAUGCCCCGGAAAGCAAGGACUCUGACGACUCAGGGCCACUGGCGCAGGUGGAAGCUCUGAAAGAGGAGAAUGACAGUCUGCGGUGUCAGCUGGAUGCCUACAGAAAUGAGGUGGAGCUGUUGAAACAGGAGCAGGGAAAAGCUCAGCCCCAGCAAAGCGAGGAGGACACCACUCGCCAGCAGCAGCUCAGCUUCCUGCAGCAGGCACUUCAGGGCAUGCAGAAGCAACUGCUGAAGCUCCGUGAGGAUCUGAAAUUGAGAGAAACAGAGUUGAAGAAGAGCUCAGAGGAAAAACAACAACUCGAAAGCCAGAUCCAAAGUCUUAAGGAACGGAUCCAAGCCUUUCCCACAUCACACACUCUCCCUCGGGAGACGGCCGAGCGAGAGGACAGAGGGAGCGAUGAAAGUGCAAAUCUUGCUAGCGAGGCAGCAGCAUCGACCAUGGUGUCCUGCAGCCAGGAGAAAGAGAACCUGCCAGAGAAGGGUCCUCCUAGCCCUGUGAAGUCAGAGAGAGAAGCCCUGCUCGUGGGAAUCAUCUCAACGUUUCUUCACGUUCAUCCUUUCGGAGCCAGUAUUGAAUAUAUCUGCUCCUACUUACAGCGGUUGGACACUAAGAUCAGUACCACAGAAGUGGAGACGCUAUUGGGUCGGUUGCCUUGUACAUUCAAGCAGGAAUUGACGGGUGUUGGGGCAAGUUUGGAAAAACGUUGGAAGUUCUGUGGUUUUGAGGGCAUUAAGACCACGUAGAGACACGGGUUGAGGGGACCCGCACAGACUCCAAGUAAGAGGCCAAUGGACAGGAAACGUUAACCAAUCACCUGCCAGCUCUCUGUAUCCAGCAGCCCAGCCCCAUGAGAUUCUAAUCUCCAAAAACACUCCAACCCUGGAGAAAACACUCCAGUCUUUGAGAUCCUCAAGACUUUGGUGUGUGUAGUAUGUUUUGGUAUUUUUACACACGAGCACAUGUCGGAGUGUGUGUGUACAUUGGUACAAUGUGAAUGGAUUCGUGCAGUUCAACCACACAAGACUCUGACCGAGGACUGAACUGUCAACAUAGGUUUUCUUUUUCUUGUUUCACAUCUAAUUUGUAAAAAAUCUAUAUAUAUAAAUAACAUGAAUAUAUUUCUUCUUUUUUCUUCUGUAUAGGCCGCAAAGCUGCAUUGAAUCUUUUGUUCAUACACCCUGUAAAUGUUUGAAUAACUUGCUAUUUUUAAAUAAAAAAGUGGAAAACAAAA